UUCCAAACAACGGUCUUCCAUGGAAAUCCAAUUACUCGAACGCCUUUCCAAUUACUUCUUCCUUCUUCAAUUAAAUUCUACCAUCUUCCAAACUUUCUCUCGAGAAGGCUUCAAGGGCCGCGUCGAUGAUCGGAGUACUAAUCCUACUCUCCCUAGUCUCCACUUCAUCGGCGCAGGGCGGCGGCGGAAAUCCAACCUCCAUCUUAAUCGUUUUCUCCGUGGUUGGUUCUGUGGUUGGAUUCCUCAUUCUUAUGGCGAUUGCUAUAUUCUCUUACAAAUUUGCCAAGAAUGUUGUACCGGAUGUCGUAAAAGAAUGGAGAAACACAUCUACUCCGGCACCGGCAGAGAUUUGGGGAGAAGAUACACCGGAAAUAGAGAAAUUCCUCCGAGAAAUCGCUGAUGAAAGUCCGAUCAGAUUCACUGCUCAGCAACUCAACGCCUUCACUAGCAACUACUCAACGCGGCUAGGUUCUGGCGGUUUCGGCGAUGUUUACAAAGGCCAGUUCCCAAACGGAUUGAAGAUCGCAGUGAAGAUUCUCAAGAGAAACUCCAACAAAAAAGCUGAAAAUCAAUUCAUGGCGGAAAUCGAAACAAUCGGAAGAACUCGCCAUCGAAAUCUUCUUAGGUUGUACGGAUUCUGUUAUGACGAAUUCAUGAGCGCGCUGGUUUUGGAUUACAUGGAGAACGGAUCGCUCGACAGAUUCUUGUACGGAAAAAUCAAGAACGAACUCGAUUGGGAGAAAUUGCAGGAAAUUGCGAUUGGAACCGCUAGAGGAAUAGCCUAUAUGCACGAAGAAUGUCAGAGGAAAAUCAUUCAUUACGAUAUCAAACCUGCGAACAUUCUAUUAGAUGAAAAUUUCUCACCGAAAAUCGGCGAUUUCGGACUUGCGAAUCUCUGCAACAAAGACAACACGCAUGUAUCUCUCACAGAGUAUCGAGGAACUCCGGGAUAUUCGGCACCGGAGCUCUUGAGGUUCAAUUUUCCGGUGACUAACAAGUGCGAUGUGUACAGUUUUGGAAUGGUGCUGUUUGAGAUGGUGGGAAGGAGGAAGAACGCUGCCGUCGGUCCGUCGGGGACCAUCGAUUGGUUUCCGAUUCAGGUAUGGGAGGGGUUUGAGAAAGGGGAAUUAGUGAAUAUAAGCGGCGACUGUGAUGUUGAAGAAGAAGAUGGAGAGAGGAAAACGGCGAUUGAGAGGAUGUGUGUGGUAGCUCUUUGGUGCGUGCAGGAUUUGCCGGAGGAUCGGCCGCCGAUGAGUGCGGUGCAGAAGAUGCUGGAAGGAAGCGUUGAGAUAAUGCCGCCGCCGAAGCCGUUUCAGUAUAUGUUUCCGAUUUCUACGGAUACCAGCGCCGUCACCGUCGCCAUGGAUUCCGAGCAAAUGAGCUCUGGCUCAACUUCGAGCUAUUCGAUGAGUAAAGGAAGUCUUCCGAUUUGGUAUAAGGGCUCUGCGUCGCCCACAAUUUUGAGAACUUGAAGAAGAGAAUCGUUUUAAUUUUAUAUAUAUUUUUAUACUGAAAUACCUUAUUUUUCUUUAUUUGUGAAGAUGCUGAUGCUAUUAUAAAUAUCAUAAUAAAAGGUGUCUGAUGUUUA